UCAGUGUUGAGGCCUCCGUGUGCGCGAGUGCGCCGUGGUGAGCGAGCGAGCGUAUACAACAGGUGUCCCGCGAUCGGCUAGCUCUGCCACGGUACCGGUUCCUCCAUUUCGCUCCCUCAGUGUUUACUCCCCGUCCCCGUCGCCUUUCACUCCGGGACCCCGUGAAGGCCUGCUACGAGUACACGAUCGAGAGCGCGUGGUGAGCCGAGCGACGUGUGGAUCGGCGCAAUAUGAUGAUGGAGACCGCGGUGACGAUGGACGGUUCCAGCAACAACGCCAGCAACAAUCCGCGACAGGUGCCGACGGUGAAGACGGAACCGGGUCAGCCGAACCCUCUGUCCGGAAUCCGGCUGAACGUGUCCUACUUCAAGACCAUACCCGGCAUUCUCAAGCUGGUGCAGCUGGGUCUGGGCAUAAUAUGCAUGGCAUGUGCAUCCCCGGCUUACAUCGGUGCGACGCAUUGGUUUUUAUUCGUCGCAGUGACGUCCUUCAUAUCUACGCUUAUAUGGUGCGCUGUGUACCUCCUUUCCAUCCGAGAGGCACUUAAGGUGCCCAUUAACUGGAUCCUAACUGAACUUUUAAACACAUCUAUAAAGACUGUGCUUUAUAUGAUCGCGUUCAUCGCUCAGCUGUCGGCCUGGACCGCGUACAGGAAUUCAUCAUCGAAUAUCGCUGCUGGGGUAUUCGGAAUUUUCAAUACCAUCGCAUACGCUGCCGGAGCUUAUUUCCUCUACAUCGAAUGGAAGAGCACGAACACGCAGUGAGAACAUCACCAGCCUGCAGAGGGGAAGCCAGGUACCUGAAGAGCAUGCAAGAACAACUGCAACAACUGCAACAGUAACAACAACAACAACAACAGCAACAACAACAACAACACUAUCAUUAUCAAAAAAUGCCGUGACCAUGCCCAUGACUCCUCAGUGUCCGUCCAAGAGGAUUCUGGCACGGUCCCAAGAUCCUGUUCGACAGGCAAGUCAGCACCAGGAGGGACGGCUUGAUACUAGUCCGGCGUGAUCCUCCUCAGAUUGUGUGUAGCUUAAAGAAAGACUCUGUACCUAUACGUGCCUUAAGAUUAGUUACUUGUCACGCGCGUGAUCGUCGUCAUUAGAGCUGACCUCUUGCCGCUUCGAGGAGAGUCGUUGAAGUUGCAGGAGCGAACGAAAUGUUACGAGAUGCUGCAUUAUAUUCUCUCAGAGGCGAUAAUGUUACAUGCACGAGAUUUCCAGGAAAUCGACGAGAGCGAGCUUGAAGAUUUCUAACUUUAUAAACUUUACAUAAAAUCGUAACAUAUGUGAAAACAAAUGAGAAAAGAGAAGAGAAGAGAAGAUUCCCAUUAUCUGAUAACAUAGUCGUUGCUAUGGAAUACUGUUAUUGAAAAUUGUAAUAAAAAUUUACAUACCGACGAAGAAAGAGAUAUAUAGAUAGGGAUAGAUAUUUUCGAAUACGCUAAUAAAGACGUUGAAUUUGUUCUUAAUGAAAAAAAAAUUGCUAUUAUUUGGUUCUCCAUGCGAAUGUUAUUGCGCAUUUGUCUUUAUCAAUUUAUCUCAUUGUUUAAUUAGCGAAUUUUAAUUAUCAUUUUACGCGGAUGCUACCUACCUGUAUUUAGUUACAUGAAGGUACACUCCAAGUGACAGAAAGAGAAGGAGAGACAGAGAGGGAAAAGGAGGGAGUAUAUUUGUCAAACAUAAGUAAAUCUGACGUCAUUUCGUUUGUGCUGCUACUUUUGUUGCAACGAUCCUUUGGAGAACGACGAGAUAAGUAGUUCUGAAAGACCUUACGCUAGCGUACGAUAAGUUUCCGUAGGGAUAUCGGCGAUUUGUUCGAUCGAGAUAUAUAUAUAUAUAUAUAUAUAUUAUCAACGGUUCGACGUUCAACCACGUCGAUGAUUCAUUACUUUUUCUCACAUUUUCCGACGGCUGUCUCCGCUGGGAAUUUCAACGAACGAACAUCCGAUCGUUUCAAAUAGCUGAUCACCGUACGCCAAACGUAUCGUGCACCUGAUACACGUGCGUGAAACGUCAUUUUCUAAUCGUAUCCUUGCGCACUCUCGCGAGAUCUUAUUUAUAUAUACACAUAUAUUUCUCUUUAUAUAUACAUAAUAUAUAUUCUAGAUGACAUAUAUAUAUAUAUAUAUAUACAUAUUAUAUAUACAUAUAUUCUAGAUUGGACGCGCAGUACAAUUCUUUUUUAUAUUCUCUCUCAUUCGCAUGUAAAUCGUACGUUUCGAAUAUUUCAAGGGAAAAUCUCAUGUCGACGGAACGAGUCAUGGACGCGUUACAUCGAUUGUCAUUCUUGAGUGUGCUCGUACAGAGCCAAGGUGUAUCUAGAAAAAAAAAAUGCCUUCAAGUGUCGCACGAGAACGUUCGAUAAUCAAACUCAAAGCGUUGCUACGUUGACUCAUUUAUAGCACUGAUGAGACUAACUGAAGUUAAAAGUGGGCGUUACGUUGGUAAUUAGGAUUGCCUUGUUCUCCUUAUCGAUAAGCGUGCUGAGAAGGUGUGAGUUAGAAGGAGCGAGGGGAAAAGCGAAUUCGCCAGUGGGCGUUCGUUCAUUUCUCUGCUCGCUUAUGCAUCUCCGUUUCGUUCAUCUUUUCUCAAAUCAAACGACAGAAAA